AUGUCUGCGGUAGAGGAACUUCCCCCUUUCAGGUAUCGUCAGCCGCGUAUGGAGUACGUGGAGGACGUUGAGAAAUACGUACCUGGUGGUUACCAUCCUGUCGACAUCGGCGACGUUAUUGGGACCGGCACCCAGCAGUACGAAGUCAUUCACAAGCUUGGGCACGGAGGCUUCUCGACCGUUUGGCUUGUUCAAUUGCGUAGCGACAUUGACAGGCCCUCCUACUUCGCCUUGAAAAUCCUCUAUGCUGAAGUGAGCGAUUCAGACGACGACGAACUGAGGGCGCUUCAGCAUCUCCGAGAAGUGUCUGGUCCGCUGGGACAUCCGAACGUGCUGACCUUGUACCACUCGUUCAAAAUCUCGGGUCCCAACGGCGAACAUCUCUGCCUCGUUUUCCCGGUUCUGGGCCCAAGCCUCAAGGCAUACAAGAUUCUUGAGGCAUUGUCCGGCCUUGCGCGACAUCAGCUGUGCUGCCAGGUUGCCAGCGGGAUGGCAUUUCUCCAUGAACAUGGAGUCUGUCACGGCGAUUUCACCCCAACUAAUGUUGCUUUCGAGCUUCCGAACAUCCACUCCAUGUCUCGGACUCAGUUGUAUCAACUUCUAGGCGACCCCGAAUCUGAGCCUCUCAAACUGGGCAAUGGCUCAUACUCGGAGCAUGCCCCGAAGCGCGUCAUCCAGACUCCCAACUUCCCAAGUCUAGAUUAUUCUUCUCUCUCUCGCGUCGUGAUCGUCGAUUUCGGAAAUGCCUUCUUCGCGGAUUCUCCACCGCAAUCGUCAGGGUCUCCGAUAGAUUUCUUCCCUCCAGAGAUUUGCUUCGGCUACUCGCCCUCCACCAAAAGCGAUGUCUGGCAACUUGCCUGUGUCCUUUACACAAUCCACGCCAGAGAGCCCUUGUUCCCCACGUUCUUUAGAAUAUUCGAAAUCCUUGUAGGCACUAUCGUGGCGGGAAAAGAACCGAAAACAACAGAUCCGGCUUGGUGGUUUGAGGAAAAGCAGUCAGAGAAAACGAUCGACAGCCGAUUCUCCCAGCAUGCACAGCAUCUCCCUACCAAUCUGAUUAGAGAGUAUACACGCCUGCUCCACGACAUGGUGGCAUAUGAGCCCACGCAGCGCAUCUCCGCGGCCGAUGCUGCGCAGCGGCUGAAGUCAAUGACAUACACAGAUGACAGUUGA